AUGGAGCUGUCGAGGGAGGAGACGGAGGAGAGGCCCCGAAACGACACCGUAAGUGAUGAUGACGGCGAUGAUACUCCGAUGCUCAGCUCUCAAGCACUGGAAGCACUCAAGGAGUUCCUGGCUGAACAGAACCGCUUGGUGGCGGAAGCUCCUCAGGAGGAGGAGGUGGCACUGGUGUCGGAGGACUGGCGGCUCAGCCAGUUCUGGUAUGACCGCGACACCGCCGAGACAAUUGCUCGAGAAGUAAUUAUUCUAUGCCGAAACGUGGACUCCCCUUCCGUUGCUUGCAUUGCUUGCCCGACUCUCUAUGCAUAUCUCAAGAAAAUUGGUCCAGAAGUAUCUGCACAGCUUCUGGAGUAUGAUAAAAGAUUUGAGCAAUAUGGGACGGAGUUUACAUUCUAUGACUACAACCAGCCUGAGGAUCUUCCAUUAUCAUUAAAGCAUUCAUUUCCAAUUAUAGUUGCAGAUCCUCCUUACCUGAGCAAGGAGUGCUUGGAGAAAGUUACUGAAACAAUUUCAUUUCUCUCAAGACCAGGGCAAUCUUACUUGCUUUUACUCACUGGUGAGGUUCAAAAGGAGAGGGCUGCAGAGCUCUUGGGUUUGCGCCCAUGUGGCUUUCGACCCCAUCACGCUAGCAAACUUGGCAAUGAGUUUCGGCUGUUCACAAACUACAAUCCUGGGACAAGACUAGAUGGGUGGGAGGCCGAGUAA